AUGUGUUGCGAGAAAAAUCUAAGGCAAAAAUACUGUCGACUCGGAGUCAGAACGUAUAAGAUAGAAAAAACAUGUCCGUCGGAAGAAAAUAAUAAAUUUUUAAACGAAUUGGAAGUGAAAUGUUGCGUGAGUUGUCAUUUAGGAGCACAGCUCGGUGAAUUAAAAGUACCCUGCCUAUCGAUAGAUCUUCCAGUCGAAGAAGAAGUUAGGAGAGCCAUGUUGAGUUGUUGUUCGGAAAUCAAUCCGGUACGGAAAAUCGAUAAAGUUUAUAAAAAAACUCGUAAUAAUUAUUCGACGACGGUUCCACCGUUUGCCGAUUACGAAGAUUAUGAUAAUGUCGGAAUACCCACACCCUCUCCGGAUAAUUUGUGCGAUUUGUUACCCGGACAAUUAUGCGCACAAAUUUGCGUACCCACACACGGAUCGUACUAUUGUAAAUGCGAAGAAGGUUUUGUUUUGAUGGAAGAUCAAAAAACGUGUCAGAAAGAAAAUUCUCAACCGCUCGCCAAACAAAAACAAGUGAGCACGAUUGCUCCUAGGAUCAUAGUACCGAAUCCGGAAAAACCCGUACCUUUGGUCAAGCCGAAAGUAACGACGUCACCUACGAAAUUACCCACGUCUUCCAUAGGUACGAUAUUUACAAAUCCGAAAGAAAAAAAAACAUGCAGUGAUUUUAAUCCCUGUGAACAAAUAUGCGUGGAUGAUGAUGAUGAUGAAAACGGUGGAGUCAAAUGUGAAUGCCGAUACGGUUUUGUUUUGGAUGCAAACGAAAGAAAUUGCAGUGACGUAAAUGAAUGUUUAAAUAAAAAAAACACGUGUGAUUUACUCACCGAAAAAUGCGUUAACGAAAUCGGAGGAUACACUUGCGUGAAAAUUAAAAAACCAAACGUCGUGUCUUUGACUACAUUAACAGAAGUUAAUUUAACAUCGCCGGCGGUAACCAACUUUUCAACUAUUACUACUUCCACGACGACGACGACGACAACAUACGAACCACCAAUGGAACUUGCUGUCGUACCCAAAGAUUUUCUAACAGGAGAAUGCCCAUUGGGAUUUGAAGAAAUCGAUGGAAAAUGCACGGAUUUAAACGAAUGCAAUUACGAUAGAUUUCCGGAAGUUUGCGAUUCCGAUUUCGAAUGCAUUAAUACACCUGGAAGUUAUUUAUGCAGAUGUAAAAUUGGAUUUGAAGAAAAUCCAAAUACUCAUAGGUGCGAGGAUGUUAAUGAAUGUCAGACGAAUCAGCACAAUUGUCUUGCAUCUCAAAGAUGUGACAAUUCAAUCGGAUCGUUUCGUUGCGUGCGAUAUACCGGAUGUGGAACCGGAUACACAUUAAAUUCUCAAACCGGACAAUGCGAAGAUGAUGACGAAUGUUUGCUUAAAACUGAUAAUUGUAGAUUUUUAGGACCGAAUUACAUAUGUCGAAACACGUUGGGAUCUUUUAGGUGCGAAAAGAAAAGAUGUUUACCCGGUGAUUCUACUUGCGAUCCGGAAAAACAAUGUCCUACGGGAUACGUUCAAGGAGAAUCUGGAAACUGUGUAGAUCUUAAUGAAUGUGCUACCGGGGCUCAUAACUGUCAUCCUUUUGCGGAUGAAUGCAUUAACAGAGUUGGAGGUUUCGAAUGCAGAAGAGUUAUUUUCUGUCCCAAGGGAUACGAAGCUACCGCGAACGGAUGCAUGGACGUUAACGAAUGCACUAGCAAAAAACACACUUGCAAAGGUUUGGCAGAAUGUAAAAACGAAAGAGGAAGUUAUUCGUGCGUUUGCCCGACGGGAUACCAACUCGCACCCGAUAAUUCAUGCGAAGACAUUAACGAAUGCAGUUUCUAUUUGUGUCCGUUUAAUUCGAAAUGCGUAAACACGCCAGGAAGUUACAGAUGCGAUUGUAAUCUAGGAUUUAAAAACGUCAAUGAAAAUACCUGUCAGGAUAUUGACGAAUGUUCAGCGACACCAGGAAUUUGCCAACACAAUUGCAUAAACGUUUUCGGUUCGUUUCGAUGCACUUGCAAAACGGGAUUCAGACUACACGAAAACAAUCGUACCUGCGUCGAUUUAAACGAAUGCGACAUGUUCAAAGAUCAAAAAUUAUGCAUAGGAGAAUGCGUUAACAUACCUGGAAGUUUCACUUGUAGGUGUCCACCGGGAUAUACCCUAGGCCCGGACGGUCGAUCUUGUCAAGAUGUUGACGAAUGUUUAAGGAAUCCCUGUCGAGGUGAAGAUGAAGUAUGUUUGAACACGAGAGGAAGUUACCGUUGUAAUUCGAUUAAAUGCCCGCCGAACUACAUAAAAGACAUGGAACAUAAAAAUAGAUGUAAACGUUUAAAAACUUAUUGCAGAGAAAACGAUUUAAACUGUUUGGAACAACCCUUGACCUACAGUUUUAAUUUCGUCACGUUCGUUUCAAUGCUUCCGAUACCGCCCAUAGGUCACUUAGACUUAUUUACGAUGAGAGGUCCGCUUUGGUCCGAUACGAAUUCACAAUUUAAUUUAGAAUUAUUAUCGGCGAGAGCCGCACAAAAAGUACAAGCUGCAACAAAAGAUAGUUUUCGCUUACGUAAUUCCGGAUGGAAUCAAGGUGUCAUAUCACUCGUCAAACCAAUACCUGGACCGCAGGAAAUCGAACUCCAGUUAACAAUGAAAAUAUAUCACAAUGGAGUUUUUGUAGGUUCCGGCGUUGCCAAAUUAUUAAUUCACAUAUCGGAAUUUGAAUUUUAA